AGCACCCACUAAUAACUUUGCAACUUUGCAUUCAUCAAAUGGCAAGUUGGAAAACCACCCUUCUACUUCUUACUCUUUUUCUCCUUUCUCUGUUUCUCGAGCCUCUCCUAGCUGAAGCUACUAUUAUCAAUUCCAUUGAUGGUGGUAUGAACAAGGGCUGCAUUGAGGUAGAGCGGAAAGCGCUUCUUGAAUUCAAAAAUGGACUGAUAGAUCCUUCAGGUAGGCUUUCUUCCUGGGUUGGUGCAGAUUGCUGCAAGUGGAAAGGUGUGGAUUGCAACAACCAAACAGGGCAUGUUGUCAAGGUUGACCUCAAAUCUGGUGGUGACUUCUCACGUUUGGGUGGUGGCUUCUCACGUUUGGGUGGUGAGAUAAGUGAUUCCUUACUUGACUUGAAACACUUAAAUUACUUGGACCUAAGUUUUAAUGAUUUUCAAGGAAUUCCAAUUCCAAAUUUCUUGGGCUCAUUUGAAAGGUUGAGAUACCUUAAUCUCUCUCAUGCACGAUUUGGUGGGAUGAUUCCUCCUCAUCUUGGAAAUUUGUCGCAGUUACGUUAUCUUGACCUUCAUGGAGGAGAUUACUACAACUUUUCUGCUCCAUUAGUGAGGGUUCAUAAUUUAAAUUGGCUUUCUGGUCUUUCUUCUUUAAAAUACCUUGAUCUGGGGCAUGUGAACCUUAGUAAAGCAACCACAAAUUGGAUGCAAGCUGUAAACAUGCUUCCAUUUUUGUUAGAAUUACAUUUGUCCCAUUGUGAACUCAGUCACUUCCCUCAGUACUCCAAUCCGUUUGUUAAUUUGACUUCUGUUUCGGUCAUUGAUCUCUCCUACAACAAUUUCAACACUACUUUGCCUGGCUGGUUGUUUAACAUCAGUACCCUUAUGGAUCUUUAUUUAAAUGAUGCUACAAUUAAAGGUCCGAUUCUCCAUGUUAAUUUGCUAAGCCUUCACAACUUGGUAACCUUAGAUCUCUCAUACAAUAAUAUUGGAAGUGAAGGAAUUGAAUUGGUGAAUGGUUUAUCAGCAUGCGCUAAUAGUUCCUUGGAAGAGUUAAACUUGGGUUAUAAUCAAUUCGGUGGUCAGUUGCCAGAUUCAUUAGGGCUCUUUAAGAAUUUAAAAUCCCUGGACUUGAGCUAUAAUAAUUUUGUUGGUCCCUUCCCCAAUUCAAUUCAACACCUUACCAACUUAGAGCGUCUUGAUCUGAGUGAAAACUCCAUCUCAGGUCCAAUUCCAACAUGGAUUGGAAACUUGCUGCGGAUGAAGAGACUUGUCUUGUCAAACAAUCUAAUGAAUGGGACUAUUCCAAAAAGUAUCGGACAACUUAGAGAGCUGAUUGUGUUGUAUCUUAAUUGGAAUGCUUGGGAAGGGGUAAUAUCUGAAAUUCAUUUUAGUAAUCUUACUAAAUUGACAGCAUUCUCAUUACUCCUAUCACCCAAAAACUAGUCUC